GAUCGUUCGCUCGUCCUCAUCCGUGCCACUAGAAUGGUUUACUCCGUCGUGACGCUGCCACCAAGCUGUACCGGGAACGUAGUCGUAGAGGUGGCCAUGGAGGAGGCGGCGCUUCGGAGCAAUCGGCCGCCGUGGCGCCGCACGGUGGCCGUGCAGGUGGCGCUCUGCGUCGCGAUGUACGCAGCGUUCAGCCUCGGCGAGCCGCGGCUUCACCGGCAUCCCCCCGGUGGCGGUGGCGUGGAGGCUUCGCUGGGCCGCGGCGGCGGGGUCUCCUUCCUCAGCGUCGCCGGCGGCGCGCGGUCGCCUAUCGAGCAGGCCCGCCUCCUACGGCAGAUGGAAAGCAUAGCAAAAGCAUAUGAAGUCAAGUUUGUGUUGGAUGUUGCUCAGCUAGGAGAAGAAGACCCACUUUGGCAAAAUGGAUCCCUGUACUUUCAGGCUCUGAAGAUCCCCUGGUAUUCCACUACAUCAUCCCAUGGGCAGAUCAUUGGUAAUUUUUUAAAGAAAGUGAAGAUGCCAUAUGAUCAGAAUCUCGAAAUUAUUAGUAUGGACACAGGGCCUUUACAGGAACCUAUCCAUGAUGGCAAAAUAAGUGCUUCUAGUAGAGAACAAAUCAAAUGGCUAGAGCAAUCAAUAGCAGUGUCUAGUAGUAAUUGGAAAAUAGUCGUUGGAUAUGAUCCAUUAGUUGUUUGCACUGAGGCAUACACACCGAAAACAGCGAAGUUUUAUGAGCCUCUUCAGCAUAUUUUUGAAAAAUAUGCAGUGAGUGCAUAUGUUAGCAUGGGAGGUUUUUGUGGUUGCUUUCGUCGAGACAAUUCAAUGCUGUAUAUUGGGAAUCCCAGCCCUGAUGACCAAACAGGCCCAGAUGGUUUCCUCCUGCAUACAGUCAACCCUCUAGAGAUGGAGUCCCAGUUGAUAAAUUUAGAAGGCAAGGUGGUUGAAAGAUCUGUAGUUCAUCAUCAUGGACUAGAAGCCUUGUAAAUUGCACGCCUUGAAAUUUCUAUCCCAUGAUGUCAGCAUUCUUGUGCUCUUUCUACUUUCGAGCAUUCCUGAAUCAGAUUUUUGCGAAUAUAUCACGAGCCACACAGAAUCAAUAUUGAAUUGAAUCCCUUUUGUGUUUGUUAUUUUUGUUAGGGGUUCGGCCCUCCUUUAGCAAAUCCGGCCAUUUUUCCCUCCAAAGUGCAGAUAAUCCUUUUCAGAGUAUUGGUUUACCACAGUGUUGUGAUGUUGUCUUGCUGGAAUUACUGUAUCUUCUUCUGUAUAUUACUAUUGCUUCUGCUAAUUACGUAUCGGUUGGUAUUCCAUCUGACAUCAUGAUACCCUGGGUGGUAAGUAGUACAGUAAGAACAGGUAAAAUAGUAAACUAUAAAUCAACUAUAGACAUAUUUUAAAGAAAUAAAGAUGGGAGAGAGAAGAGAGUGAGUUAUUAAUUUAUAAUUAGUUACAGCAUAGUUCUAAGGCGCCAGGUGUGUAUGAUAUAUGGGACCAUGCUUUAGAGCAA